GCCGUCGGUAUCGCCGGCGAAAGGAAGUUUCAGGCUUCCCUUAGCCAAAACCCACACACCAAACCGGGUUUAGAACGGAUUUUAGUAGACCAAUAGCUUGGUCGGUAUUCUCUGUCCCAAAACCAUCCCUCAAAAAAAAAAAAAAAAAACCAUCCCUCAGCCACCCAUAUAUUCUCCGAAAAGCUCAUUUCCGCCGAAAAUCCGGUGACCCGGCUUGACCCGGUUAAAAUUGGAGAUUUUUCUCAAAUUCAUUGCAUAUAGUGUGUGGAUAUAAAGCAAAGGUUAAUUACUAAAAAGCCAUGGCUGUAAAACUCAACAACUUUGCCUUUGAAUCCCUUCCUUCAGUUGCUCUCCUACCUAUGAGAGCUCAGAGAUAUCCCAAGUUUUUUAUGACUUCCACUCUGCACUCCAACUCUAAAGGGAAAUCAAUGUCUUUAGGUCAUGCUAAUGUUAACGUAGUCCAUCCCAUGCUACCAGAAAAGGAUGAAAUCUUCAAAUCUAUGGAGGAGUGGGUCAGGACUGACAUCUUAACUCUCCUAAAAUCUGUAGAAAAAUCUUGGCAACCACAAGACUUUUUGCCAAAUCCUACCUCGGAUGGAUUCGUUGAGCAAGUCAAUGAACUCAGGGAGAGGACAAAGGACAUUCCGGACGACUACUUUAUUGUCUUAGUUGGCAAUAUGAUCACGGAAGAAGCCCUUCCAACUUACCAAGCACUUAUCAAUGGCACGGAAUUUUUUCACGAUGAAGCGGGUAGUGAUAACACACCUUGGGCAACAUGGGCAAGGGGAUGGAGUGCAGAAGAAAACAGGCAUGGUGAUCUUCUCAACAAAUACCUCUAUCUUUCUGGACGAGUGGAUAUGAAACAAAUCGAGAAGACAACACACUAUUUGAUUGGGUCAGGAAUGGAUGUCGGCAUCAGGAAAAAUCCCUACUUUUUUUCUAUCUACACAUCGUUUCAAGAAAGAGCAACAUUUAUCUCCCAUGGAAAUACAGCCAAGCUUGCCAUGAAGCACAGGGAGGAAAAGCUUGCCCAAAUAUGUGGCACAAUUGCUGCAGAUGAGAAGCGUCAUGAAACUGCUUAUAAGAAAAUAGUUGGGAAGCUUUUCGAGCUUGAUCCAAAUGAAACUGUCAUAGCCUUUGCCGACAUGAUGAGGAGGAAAAUAUUAAUGCCAGCCCACUUAAUGUACGAUGGCUACGAUGAAAAUCUUUUUGAUCACUUCGCAAAUGUUGCCUCUCGGAUUGGUGUCUACACGGCCAAGGACUAUAGAGAAAUAUUGGAACAUUUGGUGGCUAAAUGGAAGGUUGAGAAACUAACUGGACUUUCCGGUGAGGGGCGAGAAGCCCAAGACUAUGUAUGUGGAUUAGCUGAAACACUGAGAAGGUUAGAGGAAAGAGCUCUAGCAAGGGCAAAAAAAGCAUCCCCCAUUUCUUUUAGCUGGAUUUCUGGUAGGAAGGUGUAGCCUUAGAAAAAAAAAAAAAAAAAAAUGAAAUAUGUUAGAGAAGUAUACGAAGAGUUAAAAGGCUUAAAUCCUUCACAAUAGCCUUUUUACAUUGCCACUACCCACAAGCAAAUUGGAGGGGUUUGCAAUAAACCUAAUAUUCCCUUCUCUCUGUACUUUGUUGUCUAAGUUGUUUC